AUGGAAUUCUCUGGAUUGGGAAAUAACAAAAAUGGUUCGUGUCACAACUUUGUCGAUAUGAAAAUCAAAUCUAUACAUACCUCUUUUGAAACGGAUGCUAGGGCGUUUGUUCUCAAAACUAUAACUGGUUUACUUCCCAACAGAGAAGUGCUUCCUAAUCAAUGGGGUCACAUUCAGGGUUUGUGUUUAGCUGAUCCUUCUUUCUUUAAGCCGUCUAGUGUUGAUUUGCUCCUAGGUAGUGGUGUCUUUGCUGAGGUCGUUUUGCCAGAAAUUGUUAGGGGUAAUGAGCCUGUGGCACCAAUUGCUCAGAAUACUCAACUCGGUUGGAUUGUUUUUGGCAAUGCGCCAAUUCAAACUUGCCGUGUCCACCUGCAGCUUGUUGAUAUCGAUACUCAGUUUCGAAAAUUUUGGGAAAUCGAAGAAGCACCAUUUGAAAAUCCAGAAACUGCAGAAAACAUCGCUUGUGAGGAGCACUUCAAAACCCACACCAGACGUUUGCCAGAUGGAAGAUUCGAAGUUUCACUACCAUUCAAAGAAGGUGUUCGACCAGCACUAGGAGCAAGUCAACAGGGAGCACUGCGAAGAUUUCUCCAGCUUGAAAGAAGAUUCGACAACAAUCCUCAACUACAGAAGGAGUACUCAGCGUGCAUGUCCGAGUAUAUUCAGCUCGAUCAGAUGGAAAAAGUAGAUGUCAGCCAAGGUGAAAUUCUCCAAUCUCCAUUCCACUAUGUUGUGCCACAUCAUGCCGUGUUCAAGGAAUCCAGUACAACAACGAAGCUGAGGGUAGUUUUCGAUGCUGCUUUUAAAACUACAAAUGGAACUUCGUUAAAUGAACAUCUUUUGGUUGGACCUAAAACACAAUCAAAUAUAAUGGACAUCAUAUUAAAAUGGAGGAAAUUCAAGAUUACCUUGACGGCUGACAUCGAAAAAAUGUACCGGCAGAUCAAGAUGAAAAAACCAGAUACCUUUUAUCAGCUGAUUUACUGGCGAGACAACAAGAUGAGUCCUCUGCAGCUAUAUCGAUUAAAAACCGUCACUUUUGGAACAGCAUCCGCUCCAUAUUUGGCUACUCGCACGUUAAACAAACUUGCUGAUGACGAAAAGGACAAAUAUCCAUUGGCAGCCCAGAUGAUACGUCACGAUAUGUACGUUGAUGAUUUGGUCAGCGGAGCAGACUCAGUACAAGAAGCUCAACAAAAAGUAGCUGAAAUCAACCACCUUCUAUCAUCAGCUGGUUUCCAUUUACGCAAAUGGGCGAGCAAUUCUGAAGAUGCUUUGAUCAAUAUUGCACCCCAAGAACGUGAAGUUGAUUUUCUGCUGCCUUUCGAUUCAUCAGAACACAUAAAAACCUUGGGCAUUAAAUGGCUUCCUGCAAGCGACUCAUUCACUUUUCAGUGGACUCAAUCCAAAACAGCUGAAGUUACCAAACGGACCAUCUUAUCAACCAUUGCUAAGCUUUUCGAUCCACUUGGUUGGAUUUCUCCGUGCGUAAUUUCUGCGAAAAUUAUUAUGCAAAAAUUGUGGGUAAAGGGUUUAGCAUGGGAUGUUCCUGUUCCACUCGAUCUGCAACGAGAAUGGUUUGCUUUACGAGCAGAUUUGCCAAGUCUCGAAAAAAUUCGAAUACCAAGAUGGAUUUGUACUGAAAAAGAAAAUUUGGAGUUAGAGUUGCACGGUUUUAGUGACGCUUCUAUGAAAGCAUAUGGGGCAGUAGUCUACCUUAGAGUUCUGAACAGAAGCAACAAAAUUCACACUCACCUUGUUAUGUCCAAAACUAGAGUCGCUCCUCUUAAUACAGUUUCGCUUCCUAGACUUGAGUUAUGCGGGGCUGUUAUGUUAGCUCGUCUUUUAUGUCAUGUAAAAGAUGUUUUACAAUUAGGCCAGAUGAAGACAUACGCGUGGACAGAUUCCACAAUCACAUUAUGUUGGAUUGCUGCACCACCAUCAAAGUGGAAAACAUUCAUUAGCAAUAGAGUGGCCGAAAUUCAGAGGUUAACGAACGUAAACAUUUGGAAUCACGUUCCCACUAAACUGAAUCCUGCAGACUUAGCAUCGAGAGGAAUUUCGCCAUCAGAAUUAAAAGCCAACACGCUUUGGUGGCGAGGACCAGAAUAUCUUCAAACAAACUGGAAAUUUACUUUUCCCAGUCCAGCAAGAACGUACGAAACUGAAGAAGAAUUGAGACCAGUAAAAAUCCAUUGUGCCAUAGAAUCUGAAAAUCGAGUUUCAACAUUAUUUCAUAAAACAUCAGAUUUUAGAAAACUAGUACGAAUCAUCGCUUAUUGCCGGAGGAUUGUACGAUUUUGCUUGAAAAAACUCCCGAUGAAGGAAAUAAUUUCACCACUUACCACUAUCGAGUUACAAUAUGCAACAUCCAACUGUAUCAGAGCUGCCCAAAAAGUGACGUUUCCUGAAGAAAUUUCGGACCUUAUCAAGAAUCCAUCAUCAUCGAAACAUUUUGGAGCACUGCAUCCCUUCAUUGACCGAAAUGGUAUACUUCGAGUUGGAGGACGUCUUCAAAAUUCAAAUUUACAAUAUGAACAACAACAUCCUGUUAUUUUAAAACCAGAACAUGUCCUUUCGAAGUUGCUUGUCAGAGAAGCACAUGAAAAAACGCUCCAUGGUGGACUCCAGCAAAUGGUCACCUAUCUUCGCAACAAAUAUUGGAUUUUCAAUCUAAAGAGAAGUGUGAAAAAAUAUAUUCAUGACUGUGUAAUUUGCUUCCGAUUUAAGGCCAAACCAAUGCAACAACUAAUGGGUAACUUACCAGCUGCUCGUGUCAGAGUCUCCCGACCAUUUACACAUACCGGAGUAGACUAUGCCGGACCGAUCGAAGUUAAGGCCUGGAAAGGACGCGGAGGCAAGGUUCACAAGGGAUAUUUUGCGAUAUUCGUUUGUUUAUCCACCAAGGCAGUCCACUUGGAAGCCGUAAGUGAUAUGACCACGCAGGCAUUUUUGGCAGCAUUCAGGAGGUUUACUGCACGUCGAGGUGUUUGCACUGAAAUAUACAGCGACUGCGGCAAAAACUUCGUAGGCGCCAAUACUGAGCUCCAAAAGAUGAUGAAGGCUGCAGAAAUAGAUUGGCAGCAUAUCUCAACAACAACAACAAACGUCGGAACCAAAUGGAACUUCAUUCCUCCCGCUUCUCCCCAUUUCGGUGGAUUAUGGGAAGCCGGAGUGAAAUCCGUAAAGUUUCACUUGAAACGGGUUGUCAGAAAUGAAACCCUUACAUUCGAGGAGCUCAGCACGCUUCUGACCGAAAUAGAAGCGUGUUUAAACUCGAGACCUCUUUGUCCAGUUUCCGACAACAUUGACGACUUCGAAAUUCUCACGCCUGCACAUUUCCUGUUUGGAACAUCGGCCCAUCUAAUACCAGAAGCGGACUUGGCAGAAAAGAUUUCCAACCUUGAUAGGUGGAAUAAAAUCCAAAUUGCUGUCCACUCCUUUUGGAAGCAGUGGAGCAGCGAGUAUUUAGCUCGUCUUCAGCAACGACCGAAAUGGUUGAAAACGGAAACACAGCCCAAAAUCGGAGACCUGGUUUUGCUGAAAGAUGAGCGUUUGCCACCAUCACAAUGGGCCCUUGCACGAAUCACAUCGUUAAUACCAGGAAAAGAUGAUCUUACUCGUGUCGUCAAAAUUAGAACGCAAUCUGGAGAGUUCAAAAGACCAAUUACAAAAUUAUGCCUACUACCGUCAAACAAAACCUCAGACGAAAAUGCUAUUAUCUAA